UGCCAUUAUCUGAAAAUCGAAAUGCAAGUAAUAUUUUAACAUUUAGAAAGUAUAAAGACAAAUCAUAUUGCAUUGUGGAAUGGAAUGUAAGUGAUAUUAUUUUUCAAUGCAGAAAAGUCCUGGCAGCAUGUAUUUACACACCAGCAUCAUCUUGUUCCUGGUUUCUCCAAAUUUUGUCUUCAUGUCUGGCUAUUUUCCUGAGAGGCAUCCAAAGCAGUCCAGUGUAAAGGGACCACCACCAUUUCUGCCAUUCAACACCAAAAGCCAAGGUAAGAGGAGACGUGGUGAACAAGGGCCACCGGGUCCUCCUGGUCCAGUUGGCCCAAGGGGAUUGCUCGGGCCUCCAGGACCUCCAGGAAAACCAGGAUAUGGGGCCCCAGGGCCACAAGGAGCUCAAGGAGUGCCUGGGCCACCAGGAUUCACCUCCAUUGGAAAACCUGGUCAACCAGGCAUACCUGGUAAGCAGGGGGAACGUGGAUAUCAAGGAGAUAAAGGCGACACUGGGCCUAUAGGACUACCAGGACCAAGAGGUCAGCAAGGACCACCGGGAUAUCCAGGACCUGCUGGAAUUUCUGCUGUUGGUACACCAGGUCAACACGGCAUAGUAGGAAACCCUGGGGCAAGAGGUGUACCUGGAUUUAAGGGUGAACCUGGCAUGCCAGGAAUAAGUGGAGUCAAAGGACAAGAUGGAUAUGGAAUUCAAGGUCAACCAGGAGAAAGAGGUUCACCUGGUUUGCCCGGGCCACCUGGGCCACAAGGUCCUCCUGGAAUAGGCAAACCCGGCAUAAAUGGUCUUCCUGGACAGCCAGGAAAAUUAGGUGAUAGGGGUUUACCAGGUGAAUCAGGAAUACAAGGUUUACCGGGACCCCAAGGCCCACAUGGUCAGCCAGGGGCACCAGGUAUUGGUAAACCUGGAAUGAAUGGUACGCCAGGAUUGCUGGGGCCUUCUGGACCUAAAGGACAGCCAGGACUACCAGGCAUGCCUGGUCCUCAAGGAAUGCAAGGUUAUGGAAAGCCAGGCUUACCUGGAGUAAAAGGACAAAGGGGGCCUGAAGGGAUUCCUGGUGUUCCCGGAAUUAAAGGUGAUCAGGGACCAUUAGGUCUUCCAGGGCCGCCGGGAUUACCAGGGUUGCCAGGAAAUGGAGGUAUACAGGGACACAGAGGGAUUCCAGGAGAAGUUGGCUUUCCAGGACAUAAAGGUGAGGUUGGAGCAAAGGGGUUUCCAGGAGCUCCUGGUCCAAAUGGUGAGAGAGGUAUUCCAGGAAUAGAUGGAAAAACAGGAUAUCCAGGUGAACCAGGGCUUGCUGGUCCCAAAGGGCCACCAGGAAUUGCAGGACAAAAAGGAGAGAAAGGGUUAGUAGGACCACCUGGUACACCUGGAGCAACUGGUCCAGCAGGUCCGAGAGGAGAAAUGGGUUACAGUGGAGAACAGGGGCCAAGAGGGGCUACAGGAAUACCAGGUAUGAGGGGGCCAUCAGGAGCACCAGGAAUUUCAGGUCCACCUGGUCAGAAGGGGGAACAGGGCUUCCGUGGCCUACCAGGUCCAGCUGGCAUUGCAACAAAUGGUAUACAAGGACCAAUAGGACCUCCUGGAAUUUCUGGUCCAAGAGGAAUCAAUGGUGAGCCAGGAUUGCCUGGUCAACCGGGUCCACCAGGCCCACCAGGUCAGGUAAUAAUCCCACACCACUUGCCUGAUGGCUACUCAAAGUCAGGGCAAAUUCAAGGCCUAAGAGAAAUUCGUAUCUCUGCAUUUACUGCUGUUCUUUCCAAAGCCUUUCCAGCAGUGGGAGUACCUAUAAAAUUUGAUAAGAUUUUAUAUAACAGACAAAAUCAUUAUGAUGCUCAAACUGGAAUAUUUACAUGCAGAAUACCAGGACUAUAUUAUUUUGCUUACCAUGUGCAUGUAAAAGGCACACAUAUUUGGGUGGCACUAUACAAAAAUGGUACACCCUUAAUGUACACAUAUGAUGAAUAUAAGAAAGGAUACCUUGACCAGGCAUCGGGAAGUGCUGUCAUAGACCUAACUGAAAAUGACCAAGUUUGGCUCCAAUUACCCAGUGCAGACUCCAAUGGCUUAUAUUCUUCUGACUACAUACAUUCCUCUUUCUCAGGAUUUUUAUUUGGCCUAACAUGAUAAGUCAUUUUUAUAUUUCCAAUUUUAUGCUUGAA